AUGUCGCUGGAGGCCCGCGUCGCGAAGCUCGAGGACGGCCUCUCGGAUUGGUCGGCCACCACCCGUACCAGAUGGGAAGGGCUGAAGGCCCUGGAUGAGCGCAUGCAGGCCCUGGUUAAAGCGAAGACGGGCCUAUGGCAGGUCAAGGAUGAGCUCUACACCCUUGUUAUGUCGGAUUUGGAUCCGUUGUUGGCGCACAUUCCGAACCCCUCUGUACAGAUGCAGGUGCGUGCCGAACUACGGGAAGUUCUUUCCGCCAGAGAGGAAAUCGUGCGCGUCUUCCCCGUGGGUGGAGAGUGCGGGCGGCACACCGCGUUGGACCUUCGGUACAAGCCUUCGCGUCCUUUCGCCUAUGCCAAGCUGUUAGAGCAACGUCCUCGGGCCUCUUCUGAAGCGGACAGCGCUGCUGUUAGGGUUUGGGGGUGCCACUCUCCACUGGCGAGAUGGCUAAGAAAAGCAAGAGGCGUGCCUCUUCUGAGAAUCUUCCUGGCCUGGCGUCGCUCCCCGAAGAGGGACCGUCGAGAGCAUCGUGAGCAUCGUGAUGGUGACCGGCGGUAA